GACGCCUACAAACCACAGAGGAGAUAUCGCCGCCAUGAUGAUGGGAAAAUUCGAGACGAAGAAUCUCGUGUCCACUCAACACUUUUGGAAUAUGGGCGUCGCUAUGGUUACAGCAAGGAAAAAGCUGACAAGGAAGAUGAAAAGGCUGCUAAGAAAAGAGCUGUGGCAGCGGGGCUGCAGAAGGGGGAGUCUGAUGUCGACCUUGAGGCUGAGGAAGAGCGUCGUAUUAAUGCCCUGAUGAGCGGAAUGUCAGCAAUGGGACUCCAAGAGGCUCGCCUAACGGCUAGUGCUGUGGGCUCUAUUGUGGGCAUGCAGUCUGAAGAGAUCCGGCAGAUUGCCUCAGAGUAUGAAGACAAGCAUGCAGAGAUAGAGCAGAUGGACAGAGGAGAGAAGGUGGGGGGAGUCCAACAUCACAAACGGGUCACUGCCUCGCUUCAGAAACAAAUACAACAACAACAGACCAAGCGGGACGAGGUGUCAGCCAAGCACGAAGAACUACACAAGGCCUACCUGGAGACUCAGGCUAAACUGGCGGAGACCAGAGCUAGGGAAGGUCAGAUUGCAGAAGAGCUGGAGAAGUUAAAUGAGAUGGAGACAGAAGAGAAUCAGGAAGUACUGCAGUCACUUCGCUCACUGGUGGCCCUGAAUGAGAACCUUAAACGACAGGAGAAAGAGUUCAAGGCACAUUGUAAGGAGGAAAUGGUACGGCUGAAGGGUAAUAUUGACAGACUAAAGUCAGAAGAGUCUGGUAUUCUGUCAGAGGAUCAGGAAAGAGCAAAAAUGAUAGAGAAACAAUUUGAAGCAGACAAAGAAAAACUGCACAAGAUCAAACUUCUACUGGCGAGGAAGAACAGAGAAAUUGCAGGACUUCAGAGAAAGAUUGACGAAGUGCCAUCACGCGCAGAGCUCAGUCAGUACCAAAGAAGAUUUGUGGAGCUGUACAACCAAGUGGCAGCUACUCACAAAGAGACCAAGCAGUUCUACACCCUCUACAACACUUUGGAUGACAAGAAACUCUACCUGAACAAAGAGGUGAAUCUACUGAACUCCAUUUACGACAACUUCACGCAGGCAAUGUCAUCAGCGGCUAAUAAAGAACAGUUCCUUAAACAAUUUGAGCAGAUUGUUGAGGGCGUCAAGCAGAACAGAGCUAAGGUUGAGAAGAAGAAACAGGAAGAGAAGAUGAAGAGAGAUGGAUUUAACGACCAGUACCUGGACCUGAUUGAGAAACAAAGGCUUUACUUCAAAACUGUCAAGGAUUUCAAAGAGGAGUGUCGAAAGAAUGAAAUCCUGCUGUCUAAACUCAGAAAGUCGUAAUCAGUCCUGAGAGAGUUGGAGUUUUAGAUGGGUGUUUGGAGGAGAAUGAAGGGUGAUGCAGUGAUAGGGCUUACAGAUAUGCUGUCUAAAUGUUUUAGUCAUCAAACUGAAAUCAAGUUUAUCUAUAAUUUGGUCAACAAGGAGAAUUUUUAUUAACUGUGAAAUGAGGAAUCAAUGUGGUGAUAUAAAAGGCUUAAUUUUUGAGAGACAUGGCCUGUGAUAAGUGCUCAUGUACUGUAGAUAUCUUGUAUAACUGGUCAUAAAAGUGCUGUUCAUCAAACAGUAAUUGUUGUUCAUAAUAUAUGGUCAUGCAUGAACAUACAGAGUAGAGCUUCUAAUAUAUGUAUAUGUAUGUAUGUAAGCUUGGGGCUUUACGUCGUACUUAACAAUUUUUCAGUCAUAUAACGAGGAUUCGUUAGGUAUGUAUUGUCUUGUGAGUCCAUGCCGCCAAAGUGCUGCUGCCACAAAAGUACCAUGCUGAAGAGACCAGACACGACACCCCACCCAAUCAGAUUAUAAAGAUGUCCCCACCCAGUCACAUUAUACUGACACCUGGCCAACCAGUCCUGUUUCCAUGCUCUUAACCUCUCAGUGCUGAGCGCCUAGUCUGUGGUAUGACUUCACUCGCUUUGAUCCCAGGUUUCCUCGAGUCUAAGGCUGACGUUCUACCAUGUAUUGCUGCUUAAAGGAUGGAACUAUUUCUUCAUUUGUGUCAGUGUACAUGAAGGUCAUGGCCUAUCAUCAGUGUGGUCAGGUUCACAGAUUCAGAAUCUUUCCCAUAAUAAAGAGGCGUUCUAAUGAACUACAUUUCUUUUAAAAUUUGGGACACCUGGCUUGCUCAUUUUAGCAGAUAUAUAUGUAAUUCUAGCAGGAAUAUUGAGUUUUCUUUCUUCUCACGUGGAUGGACCAUCUAAUGAACAACAUGCUCAUAUCUUAACUAUUCCAAAAGGCUGGUAAAGAAAUGUAAUAUUCCAUUUUCAACGCUACUAAUAUCUGUCCCAAAGGAUUAGGUGCAUGUUUAAGUCAAACUAAAAAUAUGCAUGUAAUGACCAUACAUAAAUGUACAUGACAUGCUACUUCUCCUGUUUAUUUGAAAAAGAUA